AUGAGUGCCCGCGAAGACAACGUCCUCCGUCCUCUCGAUCCCUCGAUCACCGAUGAAAAUGACUGGCCGGAACUCGAUCUGGUGGACGUGAAGGUCCUGCGGCCAGGGAAGAUGCUAUAUGCGAAUCUACUCGAGGCCGCAGAACAGAACCCUGUCCAGGUGAUUGGCUGCUUGGAGCUUAAAGAGGACCAGGAGCACCUACUGCUCACACCCGAUUCCCCUUCGAAACGUGUUAUUAUCGACGAUGUCACCCACUACGCUUAUGGCCAGACCGAAGACCGUAGUGUUGAGCUCUGGGUGGCCGGCAAGGCUGGCUGGUACAACAUCUCCCCAGCCAAGGGCUACCUGCCGACGUUCAGUCGCAUGGUCCAGGCUGUCGACAUGCUAUAUUUCCUGAUGGACCGACACCAGCAUGGCAAUAAGCAGCUCAAUCCAUCCUUCAAGAACCUGUGUGAGCAGGUGGGUUCCCAUAUCAUUUCCUUGGCGGGUAUCGUCCCAACUAACGUCGGCCAGUAUGUCUUCCACACACACGGUGACUGUGAGACCAGAGAGCAGUCAGCUGAAGUGUUUGCGGAACAUGCUCCAUUUUUGCUCCGCUGCAUGAUUGAAGGAGAUGCGGAUGGUGUGGACUGGAAGAAGACCAAUGUAUUCGUUCACCUCCGUCGCCAUUUUAGUGAUGUCUAUAACAAGCUUAUAGAAGAGCGAUCGCCCAAGUCUGAUGACGAAGAAGCGCAUGAUGAGCCGGAAGUAUCAACACCCCGGGAUGAUCCGGCUGCAAUUGCGAAAUCACAAAUCGAUGCUGUCUACCAAAUGAUAACGGAAUUAAGAGAAGAAGGUCACUUAGCAAAGCGCCGGCUGCAUCUUGAUCUGUUGACGGAGCGCCUAUCUGAGCGGUACUCGCUCAGCCGGGAGAAUGCGACCAAGAUUGUUGCCGCAAGAGCAAGCGCUGUUAUCGAGCUGCUCGAUGAAGAAGAUACACCUGGCUUCAGAUGGUCUCGCUAUGUUAUUCACCGAGAGCUCACACAUGCUGCCAGCCAGAAUAGCACCCUCUCACCCGCACUCCUUACACCUCUACAACCGAUCGAAGACUCCAGCGACGAUGAACACCUGGGCCACACUCAAAAGUCGGUCCUUCGUCCCAAGAUGAAUUCUGUUGUCUCUGGGAAGGUGAUGGGCAAACGACACCGCAAUCCAGUUUUCAACCAGGAGAUCGUACGAUCCGAUGAUAGUGAUGAUGAAGACGAAGACGAAGACGAGACUAUGGAAGAUGUUGACACGCCCAGCAAGACUCGCGGCCACGAGCUUAUCCGAACCCCUCUUGCCACUGCAAAGUCUCGAGGCCGCUCCCUUCUUCCUAACUCCGGCUCCGCUGCUGCCUCUCUUUUGCAGAGCGUGCUUUUAUCGGAGCCUCCCCAGACCACAUCUGCGAUUACCAACGUGAACGGAGAUGUUCUCGCCUCCGACCCCCUUGCUGAGUUGAAUAAAAUAUCAGAUAUAUGGUCAUGCCGCAUGCCCGGAUGUCCAAAGACAAUCACGAGCAAGUGCAACCAGCGCAAGAAGGAUAUUGAGGCACAUGCCCUAGAACAUGACUGGGAAACUCAGAUGCGAGUCGAGCUGGUAGAAUCCGAGCGACGGAUGCAUACCACAAUGCCUGUCAGCAACCUCAUGCAGUACCUCAUUAACCAGCACUAUGGACAGAUGCGCGCUGCGUUCCCCGAAGUAUACCCGGAAAAGAAGGAGAAUGUGGAAGGAAAUGGGACCGCUGAACACCCUGAACAUCCCCAGGAUGAAGAUUCAGUCCCUAUGCACCAGAAUCAGCGGUCCGCUGAAAAGCAGGAUCAUGGUGUGAACGGCCACACUACCUGA